AUGGAUUCAGGUUUCUCUCGGCCUCGUUUGGAUGGUUUGGAUUUCCCGUUGUUAUCAUCGUUGGAUUCUCAGCAGUUGGAAGCUUCAUUCUCCUUGGAGGAAAUAAAGGGGGUUGUUUGGGAGUGCGACGGCGAUAAAUGCCCAGGUCCUGACGGUUUUAACUUCAAUUUUUUGAGGAAGUGCUGGGAAAUUGUUGAAAAGGAUGUUUUUAAUUUCGUAUCUGAGUUCCAUGGCAAGGAAAACAUUCCAAAGGCGAUAUCUGCUUCCUUUAUUGCAUUAAUCCCUAAGUGUGAUAAUCCUCAAUGGCUGCAUGAAUUUUGCCCUAUCAGUUUGGUGACUAGUUUGUAUAAGAUCCUAGCAAAGCUGAUGGCAAACAGGCUGAAAAAAUGCAUUGGGAAGCUUAUUUCAGGUUAUCAGACGGCAUUCGUUCCAGGUAGGCAGAUUCAGGAUGGGGUGUUAGUACUGAAUGAAGUUAUCGAUUUGGCAAAACGAUCCGGGCAGGAGUGCUGUAUUCUUAAGGUGGAUUUUGCAAAGGCCUACGAUAACGUGUCAUGGGAUUUUCUUUUCUACGUGUUGAGGAUGAGUGGUUUUGGUGUGAAGUGGAUUUCUUGGAUUAAGGCCUGCAUCUAUAACUGUUCCAUGUCUGUGUUAGUAAAUGGUAGCCCGACUUCGGAAUUUCCAAUGGGUAAAGGUCUUAGGCAGGGAGAUCCGUUAUCUCCGUUCCUUUUUACACUAGUUGCGGAAGGCCUAGCGAAAAUGAUGGAUAAGGCGAUUCAUUUGGGUCUUUUUAAAGGUUUUAAAAUCAAUGAGGAGACUAGUUUUCAUCUUCUUCAGUUCGCAGAUGACACAGUGGUUAUUGGGGAUGGUUCGUGGAGUAAUAUUAGACGUAUCAAAGUUGUACUGAGAGGCUUUGAGUUGGUAUCAGGGCUGUACGUAAAUCUAAGCAAGAGUAAUCUGUAUGGUGUGAACUUGAAGGAAGACAAAGGAAACCUCAUCGGAGUGUUGAAGGAACUUAUUCGUAUUCAGAGAGAAUUCUUGUGGGGUGGUGGGGUGGACAAGGUGGGUAUAGCGUGGGUCGGUUGGGAUGAAAUUUGUAAAAGCAAAAAAGAGGGUGGGUUAGGUGUGAGGUGCUUGUUGAAGGCAAAUGAUUCGUUGUUAUGUAAAUGGAAAUGGCGGUUUUUAGUGGAGGAGGAUGUUAUAUGGCAGAAGUUGCUGGUUCAUAGAUACGGUGUUUUGGAAUUGAUUGGCUGUGGAUCAAGGGUGAUGUUUUGGAGAACGAGAUGGAUUGGCGGACAACCUUUGUGCAUAACUUUUCCUCAUCUCUACGAACAGGUCAUGGAUAAAGAAGCUCUGGUUAGUGUGAUGGGCUGCUUGGUGAACUCAGUGUGGCUUUGGGAUUUUCCAGAACCAGCGGAAAAUUUGGUGGGUGAGGCUGCGGAGCAGUUAGCAGAGUUAAAUGAUAUUUUGAGCACCGUCACGAUCAGACCUGAUGCAAAGGAUUCCUUCGUGUGGUUCCAUCAAGGGGAAGCGACAUAUUCCGUUAGUGGGGGUUACUCUGUGGCCAGAAGCUGUAGUAAUAAUCCGUCUUUGAAUGCUGCGGAUUUAUUAGCGGUUAAUCAAAUCUGGAAUACGCAAGUUCCGUCGAAAAUUCAUGUGUUUGGUUGGAGAUGCAUCAAAGACAGAAUUGCUACAAGGGAACAAUUGUUAAAAAGGGGUAUCCUGAUAAAUUUUGAUUCAAAUGUGUGUCCGCUUUGCAAUAGGUUUGGAGAGUCGUUGUUGCACUUGUUGGUUCAGUGCUCUUUUGCUGUGGAGGUGUGGAAGCUUGUAUGUAUGUGGACUGGUAUAUCUGUGCAUCAUUCUGAUUCAUUAGCAGCUCAUUUAUUUUCUUUUACUGAAUCCAUUGGUAGCAGAAUUCCUGUAAAAAAGAGGCUGUUAAUAUGGUUGGUUUGUUGUUGGUCAUUAUGGUGUAUGCAAAAUGCAGUGAUUUUCAAGAAUGAGGAAGCGGUGGUGGCGGAUGUGUUUGAGAAAUUAAGAUUAUUGUCAUGGCAGUGGCUGUUUAUAGGGAAUAACUUUAAUGGUCCUGUUAGUUUUUAUUUUUGGUGUCAUAAUCCGCUGGAUUCGAUGAUAGUGUAA